UUUUUUUUUUUCAUUAAUAAUAAAAUAUGGAAAAUACAAAUAAUAGCACUGCUAAUAGCAACGAAACCAAAGCACCUAUUCUUUGUAUUGCCGGCUGUGGUUUUUAUGGCAGUGAAGCAUUUAAUAACAUGUGUUCAAAGUGCUUUAAAGAGCGCAAGACUGCUAAUGAAAAAAAUGCUACUAAUCUUACUUCAUCAUCAUCACCACCACCACCAUCAUCAUCAAUAAUUAUAUCAUCUCCUGUAGUUUCUUUAGACGAUUCUAAUAUUAUUGAUAAGACAAGAAAGCAUCUUCGAAGUCCAUCACCCGACAAUGAACUAAAAGUGAAUAGUGCACCUGGAUCUUCUAUAGCUUCUCCAGCUGCUACUACUCCAGAUAAUAAUGAAAAGCCAAUUCAAACAAAUAAAGGAAGAUGCUUCAAGUGUAGAUCAAAGGUUCCAUUGGCUAAACAAGCAGCAAAUAAAUGUAGAUGUGGUUAUAUAUUCUGUGAUAGUCAUCGAUAUCCUGAUAGACAUGACUGUGAUAUUGAUUAUGCAAAAUUAGAUAGAGAAAUACUUGCAAAAAAUAAUCCUAAAUUACAUGAACGACCUAAAGGAGGAAGAUCUUUCCAAAGACUUGAUAGUUUAUAAUAAGAAUAUACAUUUGUAUAACUUUUUUUUUUCAUCUAAUAUAUAAAAGAUAAUACACACAUA